UUUUUUCGAAUUCUUUUCUUUCGAGUUAGGGUCUAUCUUGUUAAUUAUGUCUUGAAUUUGUUUAUCUUUUAUAUAUUUUUAGAAAACUCAUAAUUUCUAUUGAUUUAGAAAAUCUAUUGUCCUAAUAAAUUUUGGAAAGAAAAUCUAGUAGAAUAGGAAAAAUCUCUCUUAUAAGUUUGGAGACUAACUAUUCGAAAUCUAUAUACAAGAGUUGUAGUUGUCCAUUUAUUCAUCCUUGUGUUAUUUCUUCUCUCUUCGCUUUGUGUGUGAUUGUGUGCUGGAUAACCCAACCCACAAUUUUCCGCAACAUACGAGAAACAAUCUCUCUAUCCUACAAAGGUAAAAAACAAGGUUUGCGAUUUCGCGUAUAUCUUAUCUUCCUGAGACUCCACUCGUGGAAUUGCAGUGUUGUUGUAGUAGUAUUUUUUUCCAUAGAGUUUCAAGAAAAUGAAGAAUGAACAACAAUAUCAAUUCACUACUACAAAACUAUUCAGUAUUUCUCAAAGGUACCUCCAUAAUCUUGUGUCCUAUUUUAUUUUAUUUGGGUCUGGUUUAGUAAUUGGUAUAACACUAUUUUUUUAUCUCCAAGAUCUAAUUCCCAACACUUUACAAAACAAAUUAUUUUUCCCCCAAAUAAUCCAAUUAACCUCACCUCCACCCCCACCACCCCCACCAUCACUUUCACAACCUCAACAACAAAUUCCUCUUGUUUUAAAUAAUGAGAACAAAAUUUUAGACCCUAGUAGAAUAGGGUUAAAAGAUUUUAUGAAGAUACCAAAAUUAAGUACUCCUAAACAUGAUAUGAAAGAUGAAGAGUUGAUAUCGAGGGCUAUGAUGGUGCCACGUGUUAGUGAUUUGCCAUUUAAGAGAAAGCCAAAGAUUGCUUUUAUGUUUCUUGCAAGAGGAAGUUUACCAUUGGCUCCAUUAUGGGAAAGAUUUUUCCAAGGACAUGAAGGUCUUUAUUCUAUUUAUAUUCAUUCUCAACCAUCUUUUAAUGGAACUGCUCCACAAGAAGGACCUAUUUUUCAUGGAAGAAGAGUAGCAAGUAAGAAAGUAGAAUGGGGAAAAUUUAACAUGGUGGAAGCAGAACGACGAUUACUAGCGAACGCAUUAUUAGACCUAUCGAACGAGCGUUUCGUGCUUCUUUCAGAGUCAUGCAUUCCUCUAUACAACUUCACAACCAUCUACAACUACAUCAUCAACUCCGCAAACACCUUCAUGGAGUCUUACGACUUAAUAAGCCCCGUGGGACGAGGUCGUUACAGCAAGAAAAUGAAACCAUUGGUCACCCUAGCCCAAUGGCGAAAAGGGUCCCAAUGGUUCGAGGUCGAUCGAGAGAUAGCCAUGGAUAUAAUAUCAGAUCAAAAAUAUUCUCAUUUAUUCAAGAGAUUUUGUAGGCCAGCAUGUUACUCAGAUGAACAUUAUUUGCCAACAUUUGUGACAAUGAAAUAUUGGUGGAAAAAUGAAAAUAGAACAUUGACUUGGGUUGAUUGGGCCAAAGGUGGGCCUCAUCCAACAAAAUUUAUUAGGCCUGAAGUGACAGAAGAUUUGCUUAAUGGGAUGAGAAAUGGGACCAAAUGUGAGUAUAAUGGGCGGCCCAGUAACAUGUGUUACUUGUUUGCUAGGAAGUUUUUGCCAAGCACUUUAGAUAGGCUUCUGAGAUUUGCUCCUAAAAUCAUGAAAUUUGGAUAA